AUGUAAAAAUACUAAUUAACAAUAAAGCUCAAUUAUUGCUUCUAAUAGCUGCUCAACUAUCAUUAAUAAUAUUAAUCUUUAGGAAUUCAAUAAUCUUAAGAAACUAAAGCAUAUAAAGCUUGUAAAGUUUGUGAAUAAGAUAGACCAUAUGAAAAAUUCUCUUAAUUCAAAGAAAUUAAGGAUAGAUUAAGUUCAUAAGCAUCUAUUGAUCUAAUAACUUAUUUUAAUAAAAUUUCAUAAACAAUAAUCAAAUAGACUCAAGAAUAAAAGCAAAAAUUAUUUGAAUUGGCAGAAUAAAUAUAAGAAACAGUGCUAAAUGGAAUAUUUUCAAUAUUUUAAUUAUAAGGAACUGAGAUAUUAUAGAAUGCUAAUUAAUUUUCUGCUUAAGAAUUAUUCUAUGUAUAAUUUAAACAUUUCUAUUAGCUAAUGAUACCAUAAACAAAUUAAAAUAAUUGA